CACUGUAGCUACCGUGCGUGGGUUGAGCAAUUUUCUAGGGUUCUGAGAUAUUUAGUAUUAGAUCACGCACUUUUCCUUCAUCUCCUCUACUCAGCCGCCACGAAACCCUAUCCCUUCUCCCAAUCAACACAUGGCUCUGCUCUUCUCUGGUGGAUUUCGUGCCGUCAGCUCUUACUAUUCGUCUUCGAAUCCGAUCGCGAAUUUCACUCAGAUUCUGAAGGUCUUCGAUUCCCACUGUAACGUCCGUUUUUCUUUUGCUUAUUUUCACGGCCUUCGCGCCAGCUUUUGAUUGAAGGAUCCGCAGGGAAGAUUCUUCCAUGGGGAAACGAAAGCAGAAGAAAGCUGAUCAGUUUGACAGCAGUGACGCUGAUAGCGUGAGCUCUUCUUCGACGGCUUUCUCUGAGCUAACUUUAGCUCAGGAGACGGAGAGAGUCGAUUCACAGGAGUUCUCGCUUGGGAAUUACCUGGAUGCUCUCUAUGAAAAAAGGGGAUCCACAAGAGAGAAGGCUUUGAUAGGACUUCUUAGUGCCUUUGAAGGAGCUGUGCUUCUUGAUUUUAUAGAGAGCAGGUGCAUCACCUUAUUACAUCAAUAUCUUAAUUCUAUUAAAAGAGGUUCAGCAACAGAGGUCUGCUUGGCUGCUCGUGCCAUUGGUUUCCUUUCCAUCACCGCUGGGAAUGGAGAUAAUACACAUGAAAUAAUGGAGGAUUCAAUGCCGUCUCUUUCACGUGCCCUCAUAUCAGGGCCUGAUGCAGUCAGGAUCUCUGUCCUGGAUUGUUUAGCAAUUAUCACAUUUGUUGGUUCAAAUAAUUGGGAGGAAACUGAGACAGUUAUGAAAAUUAUGUGGGAAAUCAUUCAUCCGAAGUCGUUAUCUAAGGCUGGAACUAUCAUUAAACCCAGCUCAGCUGUAUUAGUAGGGGCGCUAUCUGCAUGGUCAUUUCUUCUAACAACCUUACAUGGCUGGAGAAUUGAUCUCGACAUGUGGACUGAGAUGAUUUCAUUCCUUUGUAACCUUUUAGAAAAUGGUGAACGCGCUGUCCGAAUUGCUGCUGGGGAAACGAUAGCUGUCAUCUUUGAGAUUGUUGUGGCUGGAAAAUUAUCUAGUCUCACUAGUGACCUCGGGAGUACAGAGGACAUUCGUGGAAAACCUAAGUGGUUCAUUUAUUUGUUGUCAUUGAAAGAAAAAAUAAUGUUGCUGGUUUCAAACCUUUCGAUGGAGGCAGGGGGGAAGGGAAUUGAUAAGAAAUGUCUGAACAUGCAAAGGGACACCUUUCAGAAGAUUUAUGAUUAUCUUAAGGAAGGAGAUCAGCCGAUGACAUCCUUGAAACUAUCGAAAAAGCAAGGAGUGCUGACAACUUCAACUUGGACUGAAUUAAUUCAGUUGAACUUUUUAAAGCAUUUUCUUGGAAGUGGAUUCCUAAAACAUGCACAGGACAAUGAUUUCCUGCAUGAUGUAUUUGAUCUUAAGCCAGAUGCUGAAAAUGGUUUAUCAGCUUCACAAAAGAGGAUUUUUAGAUCUUCUGGAGACAGGGAAAGAACUGUAGUGCUGAAUAAGGAUCGCCGGAUGGGGCAGAUAAGGAAAGGUGCCAUUAUGUCUGUUGAUGAGGAGUGAGUAAAAGUACAGAUUGCUGUUCUAAGCUGGCCUUCUUAUGGUUAUGUGGUUUGGUGGCUUCUUUGAAGUCUUUCUUGAUUCCUUGCUUUGUCAUCCCCCGUUUCUCUGUUGUUGCUGUUUUGUUUAAGCGCCGAUUAGAGUUGCAGAUGUUAUUUGCUAAAUGAACAGGAUUUCUUCCAGAUGUGUACAGUUCUAUGAAUAUUAUAAAUUUGUUUAGCCAUGUUUUU